CAUAGAAGGUGAUCUUUUGAUUCUGCUAUUCAUGCCCCUUUAAUGGAUUACAGGAAGAUAUUGAUCUGAUGGCCAGGCUCAACUUUGAUGCUUAUCGCUUCUCCAUUUCGUGGUCCAGGAUCUUCCCAAAUGGAACUGGUAAAGUGAACUGGAAGGGAGUUGCUUAUUAUAACAGGUUGAUCGAUUACAUGCUCGAAAGAGGUAUCACCCCAUAUGCUAAUCUUAAUCACUAUGAUUUACCACAAGCACUGCAAGAUAGGUACAACGGGUGGUUGAGCCGUGAAGUCGUGAAAGAUUUUGCUGAUUACGCGGAGUUUUGUUUUAAAACAUUCGGAGACAGAGUGAAGAACUGGUUCUCAUUUAAUGAGCCUCGAGUUAUUGCUGCUUUAGGGUAUGAUACUGGAUUCUUUGCACCUGGAAGAUGCUCUCAACCAUUUGGCAAUUGCACAGAAGGGGAUUCUGCAACUGAGCCUUAUAUUUCUGCCCAUAAUCUCAUCUUAUGUCAUGCUUCUGCAGCACAAAGAUACCGUGAAAAGUAUCAAGAAAAACAGAAGGGAAAAUUUGGCAUUCUCUUGGAUUUUGUGUGGUAUGAACCUCUGACAAGAGGAAAAGCCGACAACUACGCUGCUCAACGAGCAAGAGACUUUCAUUUGGGAUGGUUCUUGCAUCCUCUUGUAUAUGGUGAGUACCCAAAAACCAUGAUAAAUAUUGUGGGAAAGCGAUUACCAAAGUUCACAAAAGAAGAGGUUAAGAUGGUCAAGGGAUCCAUUGAUUAUUUGGGCAUAAACCAGUACACAGCCUACUACAUGUAUGAUCCUCAUUAUACCACACCACAACCCUUGGGCUAUCAACAGGACUGGAAUGUUGGAUUUGCUUAUGAUCGCAAGGGAGUACCAAUUGGUGAUAGGGCACACUCAGAUUGGCUCUACAUCGUGCCAUGGGGUCUAAAUAAAGCUGUCACCUAUGUAAAAGAACGCUAUGGAAAUCCUACCAUGAUUCUGGCAGAAAAUGGUAUGGAUUAUGCGGGCAAUAUUACUUUUCCAAGAGCUUUAUAUGACCCCAAAAGGAUAAGCUACUAUAGGAGCUAUCUGCAAGAACUAAAGAAGACUGUGGAUGAAGGAGCUAAUGUCACAGGCUACUUCGCAUGGUCAUUGCUCGACAACUUUGAAUGGAGAUUGGGUUACACUUCCAGAUUUGGCCUUGUCUAUGUUGAUUACAAUACCCUCAAAAGAUAUCCAAAGAUGUCAGCAUAUUGGUUCAAGAACUUACUUAAGCGCCACAAGCAUUAAGGCGGCUCUGCCCUUGUCCAUGUUUUUCUUUAACUGUAAUAGGUAGUUCCAUGUUUAGGAUAUGUCUAUUUAGAUUUUAGAGAACUUGAGUGCCUUUCUCGGGCACUAGGAUUAACAAAAAUAGUAGUUUGAUAUAAAAUUAUUCUUUCUGCA